GUUGCUGGAUGUCGACGAUUCCAUAUCAUUGAAUGACAACCACCUCGCUCAAACAUCCUAGAGUGCAACCACAUCCAUCCCGAAUCGUCUGGCGUUAUCUGUUCCUCGACUCAUCAACAUGGCAAUCAUCGUGGCCUCCAGCAUAUUCCGUCCCAUCUUCGGGCUCUUUUUUAUCAUAUGCGGCCUGCAUGACCUCCGCUAUACCUACGGUGCACUUGGAAUGGUCGUCAUGGGCAUUGCCCAAGCUAUGAUGGGUACCCCACUCAUCAAGGUCCAAGGGGACAUGGAAGCCGAAGGAUUCGGUCUCGGGGCAGCUUUCAGGGUGGGGUCGUUAUUGUGGUGCGGAUGGUCUGUAGCGAGGCUGGCUCCCGCUGUAUCUUUUAGUCUGGUACUCCUCGCUGCGUAUCAGGGGUUGCGGGCGACGGGAACGUUGUUGUUAUCGUAGGGUUUGGAGGAGGAUUCGGACGUCUCGCGUGUGCAGAGAACGGAUGUGACCGAAGAUCAAGGAUAUUGGAGGCUCAGUCUGUCGAGAUCAAACAACAUUACACCCAGCGUGCAAGAAACAAGAAGCAGCUGAUUCAGCCAAUGCUUCUGCCAUUGAUUAUCAAUCCAAAUCCUACCAAGUCCUAGCUCGUAGUUGCGGAUCUCUCGUACGAAAGACCGGUGGCAGUCGCGACUCGAGAUCUUCAUUUAUUGGCCGAAGUUUCCCCCUUUAGGCGGAUUUGCUUCCGAACAAUCAUCCGAAAAGGCGGCAGUGGCACCGACCGAUAUUAAAGUGGAGUGGAGGUUUGCGGGGCAUGACGAUCGGAUGACGAUCGAUGGAAUCGAUGGAGC